AUGGAUGCUGAGUUUAAUGCUUUGCUUCAAAAUCAGACCUGGCAGCUUGUUCCCUAUACUCCAGGGAUGAAUGUUGUGGGCUGCAAGUGGGUAUUCCGUGUCAAGAGGAAUGCUGAUGGAUCUGUUGAGCGACACAAGGCCCGGAUAGUUGCCAAGGGCUUUAAUCAGAUUGCGGGCAAGGAUUUCUUUGAGACGUUCAGUCCGGUUGUUAAGCCCACCACGGUUCGUCUUUUGCUUUCUUUGGCCUAUUCUCGUGAUUGGUGUAUUCGGCAGCUGGAUGUGCACAACGCCUUCCUUAGUGGGCGUUUGGCUGAGACAGUGUACAUGCGUCAGCCUCCGGGAUACGAGGACAAGUCAGUUCCUACUCAUGUUUGUCAUCUGCAGUGCUCUUUGUAUGGGCUUAAGCAAGCCCCGCGUGCAUGGUUUACCCGAAUACAUAACUUUCUUCUUUCUGUUGGCUUUACUCCAUCGAAGACUGACGUGUCUUUGUUCAUUUAUUAUGAUCAUGGUGUGCAGCUUUAUUUUCUGGUUUAUGUCGAUGACAUCCUUGUCAUGGGCUCGGAUUCUAGCCGAGUUACUGGACUGGUGGAUCAGCUUGCUCAGGAGUUUAAAAUUCGAGAUAUGGGGCUCCCAUCUUUUUUUCUAGGGAUUGAGACUGUCUCUAUUUCUGAUGGUAUUCUUUUGUCUCAGUGCCGUUAUGUUCAGGAUAUUCUCAAGCGUGCAGGGAUGGUUGACUGUAAGCCGGUUUCUACCCCGAUCUCGGUUGCCCGCUCUGAGGACGGUGAUGUUGCUCUCUUUGCUGAUCCUACGCACUAUCAUGGGCUAGCUGGUGCUUUGCAGUACUUAACGGUGACUCGUCCUGAUUUGUCUUUUGCAGUCAACCGGCUAUGUCAACGCAUGCAGGCUCCUUCUACUGCCGAUUGGUCUAUGAUGAAGCGGGUGUUGCGUUAUGUGAAAGGCACUCUUGGCAUGGGGCUGUGUGUUCGGAAGUCUUUAUCUACCUCGCUGCAUGUGUUUUCUGAUUCGGAUUGGGCUGGUAGUCCGGAUGAUAGGAAGUCCACCAGUGGUUUUGCAAUAUUUUUGGGCUCUAAUCUAAUCUCGUGGUCGUGCCGGAAGCAACGCACUGUGGCGCGUUCUUCUACUGAGGCAUAA